AUGGUCCGGAAACUCAAAUAUCACGAGCAGAAGCUCCUUAAAAAGGUCGACCUCUACACAUACAAAUCCGACAACAACCACCGCGAGGCCACUAUCCGGCGCCGCUACCAUCUCCAAGAUCCUCUAGACUACAAGAAAUACAAUGCCAUUUGCGGCUCCCUACGGCAGUUAGCUCAUAAACUUGCAGCACUUGACCCGGACUCGGACCCAGUGCGCAAACAGCUCGAGUCUCAGAUGCUAGAGAAGCUUUGGUCGAUGGGAAUAUUGAAGCAGAACCGUGAGCAAGGUGCAGGACUAAGUAAAGUCGAGCGAGAAGUUACUGUUAGUACCUUUGCGAGGAGGCGGUUGGGUGUAGUUAUGGCGAGGAAUGGGAUGGUGGAGAGUGUUCCGUCUGCUGUUAAGUUUAUUGAGCAGGGCCAUGUGCGCGUUGGGACAGAGGUCGUUACUGAUCCUGCUUUCCUGGUGACGAGAAACAUGGAAGAUUUCGUAACGUGGGUUGACUCUAGUAAGAUUAAGAGGAAUAUCCUGCGGUACCAGGAGAAGUUGGAUGACUUUGAUUUGCUAUGA